UAAAGAAAAAUGGCCUUACGUUAUAUCUGCAUUUCCCCUGCCUUCAACAGCAUGGGCCAAACCUUUGUCCGUGCCAUGUCCUCCCAAAGUGGUGGCAAGAACAUUGGCUUCAUCGGUUUGGGCAACAUGGGCGGUCACAUGGCCACGAACUUGAUGAAGAAGGGUCACAAAUUGCAUGUCUUCGACAUCUCCAAGCCUGCCUGUGAAAACAUGAAGGCCAAGGGUGCCCAAGUUUACGACAACACCUCCGAGUUGGCCCUGAAAUCUGACUUUGUCAUCACCAUGUUGCCCAACAACGACAUUGUGUCCAAGUCUUAUGAGGAAAUGACCGCCAACGGUGUUAACAAGGAUACCAUCUUCAUCGACUCCUCCACCAUCGACCCCAACUUGGUCAAGCAAUUGCAAAAGAUGAUCAGCAGCAAGGGUGCCCGUUUCAUCGAUGCCCCCGUCUCCGGUGGUGUUCCCGGUGCCGAACAGGCCACUUUGACCUUCAUGGUUGGUGGUACCACCGAAGAAUACAAUGCCGUCAAAUCCGUCUUGGAAUGCAUGGGCAAGCGCAUCACCCACUGCGGUGACUACGGUAUGGGUCAAGCCGCCAAAUUGUGCAACAACAUGAUGUUGGGUAUCUCCAUGAUCGGUGUUGCCGAAGCCAUGAACUUGGCCAUCCGCCAAGGCUUGAACCCCCAAACCUUCGCUGAAAUCAUCAACUCCUCCACUGGUCGCUGCUGGGCUUCCGAGGUCUACAACCCCGUUCCCGGUGUUACCCCCACUGCCCCCGCCAACAAUGACUACAAGGGUGGUUUUUCCACUGACUUGAUCACCAAGGAUUUGGGUUUGGCCUCCGGUGUUGCCACCUCCUCCAACACCCCCAUCCCAUUGGGCGCCAUGGCUCACCAAAUCUACCGUACCUUGAAGGCUCACGGUUUGGGCAGCAAAGAUUUCUCUGUUGUCUAUGACUUCAUGAAGAACACCAAGUACAAUUAAGUUUGUUUUUAAGAUUAU